CUCUCAGUGAAGAACUGUUUCAUCCGUGGUUCCGUGGUCCGAUACGUUCAGCUCCCUGCGGACGAGGUGGACACACAACUCCUGCAGGAUGCAGCCAGGAAAGAAGCUCUGCAGCAAAAGCAGUGA